AUGGGUAACAAGGCACUGAUACCCCGAAGUAGUGACCCUUACGAUAGCGGCAUAGACAGCGACGAGGGAAAAACCUCUUUAACGAACGCCGUGUUUACUAGAGAUCGUGAAACGAAUAAUGUUUUCAUGAAUACUUAUGAAUAUGACAAAAUUGAAAGAAAACCUCAAGAUGAUGAACUUCAGAAGUCUUUGUGGAGGAAACAAAGCAACAGUGCAGACACAAAUGGUUAUAUCAAAUGGAAUUUCAAGGAGGAUUACAAGAACGAGCACCCUGAGCUCAAUCGACCGCUAAUAGACUCAUUUAAGCAUCAGGAACAACUGAGGAUGACCAACCUAUCGCCAAAUGGCACAGAAGCUUGGAACACUAAUACCGAUUCUGACAACGACUCUUCACCGCUUUAUGAAGUGGAACUGACAGCAUCUGACGAGGACGACAGUUCAGUACUGGAACUGGUAAUACCAAUUCAGUCGCAUAAGACCACACCUAGACACUGGCUUCUAGUGUUCUUUUGCUUCGGUUGCAUGGAGCGAUAUGCCUAA